AUGGCUCGAGUUAUACAACAGGACAAGGACCAGAAGUACAGAAUCACACCCUUGGUCGCACAGCUCGUGUCAGACCUAGCUAUUUGUUUUGAACUACGAGCUCGCCUGCGCCUGGUGUGCCCACAAGCUUUCAAACCUGAUGAGCAGUACUGUACCGUUGGAGCCGACCGCGACUAUCACGAGAUAGUCAUGGAGGUUUCUGUGAAAGAACUAAACGUGAUCUUAGACCCGGAAUGCGGUCCAGAAUACGAUGCCAAACGCCGAUAUGAUUUUCUCCUUCUUGGUGAGCUCGGGCAUCCAAAGACAAUGCCGUACCCUGUCGGCAAGCGAAGAACCAAAGAGAACGUAGAGAUUAUGCAGGCUACUGAACGACGGCUCGAUGAGCUUUGGAGCAAGUUCGAUGCUCACGUGCAGAAGUAUUUGAAGAAAAUACACCUCGAGGCUCUUGAAUCCCUAGCGCCGUCAAGAGGACAAAUACAACGGACGCCAGACUGGAUAGAACCGGCGAAACCUUCCAACAAAGCGAAGAAAGAUGCUGCCCUGCAGGAAUACAUUACGCCUCUCAUACCGGAGCAGCAGCCCGACCCUGUAGACCUCCCAAUUCGGAGUGAGAAGCGCAAGACCAGGGGGAUUGCGAAUGAUCCUUCCACUGAGCCUGUCGAAGUCGCAGCAGACUUGCAGCCAGUCGCUUCUGAGGAAACAAACACUCCGCCUACACCGCGCUUCACCGUUGGGAAAAAGACACAGCACACAUUCUCGACUAUAUUCUUCCAGCCGUCUGCAAGCUCGCAUCCCGGUGAAGUCCCAUGGACUGAAUUCCUCUCAGCUAUGAACACGAUUGGCUUCUCACCCGAGAAGGUGUAUGGCUCUGUAUGGCGCUUCACACCGAGAGAGGGGGGUGUCAUUACGGUAAAGCAGCCAAUCAAUUUCCACGAGCCGCAUCCUGAGGGGAAGUUAAGGUUUGAGGUGGCAAGGAAUUACGGGAGGAGAUUGACGAGGAACUAUGGUAUCGAUGGUAGCAGCUUCGUUAUCGCGUAA